AGCUUAAAUUGUAAUCAGUGUAUUCAGAUUAAAACCAAAAGUGUUUGCUCAAAAUUUCGAAUCUUUUCCAGCUUGCCUGCAAAUGAGGACCAUAUGUGGAUGCCAUUACGUCUAACCUUGUUUGAAGGUCAAUUCGGAUACAUAUAUCCCUAUAGAGAUACCGGUACGCAGCCUACGCUCACAACUUUCAUCCACCAAAAGUCCGCCUGGAGAACGCGUACUCAUUCGCUGAAGCAGUUUACGUUCCACAAUCCACAACAACAAUGGCAGCCAUUUUCGUCUCGCGCGCUCUACGUGUGUAUUCCCCACUGCAUUUGUCGUUCCCGACCUCACAGCAAUCAAAUCAAAAAAAUUCGCUCGGUGUCUCAUCGCGUAGCGCGACAACUGCGUUCAGUAGCAAUUCAGCCAGCAAAGCCGGAAGCUCAAAAAAGUCGCUGUCGUCUGGACUUCAAUUUCUGAAAUUUAAAAGUUCUUGUUCCAACGGUAUCAACAUGACCAUCAAGUCGAUCAAAGCACGUCAGAUCUACGAUUCGCGUGGCAAUCCCACCGUCGAGGUCGAUUUAACCACCGAGUUGGGUCUGUUCCGUGCCGCGGUGCCCUCAGGUGCUUCGACCGGUGUGCAUGAGGCACUGGAGCUGCGCGAUGGCGACAAGGCCAAUUACCACGGCAAGUCCGUGCUGAAGGCUGUUGGCCAUGUGAACGACACUCUCGCUCCAGAGGUGAUCAAGGCCAAUCUGGAUGAGACCGAUCAGGCUGCCAUCGAUAAUUUCAUGAUCAAGUUGGAUGGCACCGAGAACAAGAGCAAGUUCGGCGCCAAUGCCAUUCUUGGUGUUUCUCUGGCUGUGGCCAAGGCUGGCGCUGCCAAGAAGAAUGUGCCACUAUACAAACACAUUGCUGAUCUGGCUGGCAACAAGAAUAUCAUAUUGCCCGUGCCCGCCUUCAAUGUGAUCAACGGCGGCAGCCAUGCUGGCAACAAGCUGGCCAUGCAGGAGUUCAUGAUCCUGCCAACUGGUGCCACCAGCUUCACCGAGGCUAUGAAAAUGGGCUCCGAGGUGUACCAUCAUCUGAAGAACGUGAUCAAGGCUAAGUUCGGUCUGGAUGCUACCGCAGUGGGUGAUGAGGGUGGCUUUGCUCCCAACAUUCAGUCCAACAAGGAGGCUCUCUCCCUGAUCAGCGAUGCCAUCGCCAAGGCUGGCUAUACCGGCAAGAUUGAGAUCGGCAUGGAUGUUGCCGCGUCAGAGUUCUUCAGGGAUGGCCAGUACGAUCUGGACUUCAAGAACCCACAGAGUGAUAAGGCUCAAUGGCUGUCGCCCGAGAAGCUUGCUAACUUGUAUCAGGAGUUCAUCAAGGAUUUCCCCAUUGUGUCCAUUGAGGAUCCCUUCGAUCAGGACCAUUGGGAUGCCUGGACCAAUCUGACCGGUAACACCAAGAUCCAGAUUGUUGGUGACGAUUUGACCGUUACAAACCCCAAGCGCAUUGCCACCGCUGUUGAGAAGAAGGCCUGCAACUGUCUGUUGCUGAAGGUUAACCAGAUCGGCACAGUCACCGAGUCCAUUCAGGCCCAUCUGCUGGCCAAGAAGAAUGGCUGGGGCACCAUGGUCUCUCAUCGUUCGGGUGAAACCGAGGACUCGUUCAUCGGUGACCUGGUUGUCGGUCUCUCCACUGGCCAGAUCAAGACUGGCGCUCCAUGCCGCUCGGAGCGUCUGGCCAAAUACAACCAGAUUCUGCGUAUUGAGGAGGAGAUUGGCCAGGGCGUCAAGUUCGCUGGCAAGAGCUUCAGGAAUCCACAAUAAACGUCGCUUCUUAUAAAUUCCAACAGCACCAAGCACCCAUCCGAAUAAAAACCCACAGCUGCAGAAGCAUGUGAAUGGUGUCAAUUUGGUGUACGUGUUCGUCAACCCUUAGAUAUGUGUCUGGCGCACAAAAGCAACCCAUUCAUAAUAUUCAAUAAUAUUGCUUCGUUAUUUAGACAUUAUGAUUACUGUUACCAUUACUAUGAUCUAUUCAUUAUUAUAAACGCAUGCAUGAUCUACAUGAAGUAUAUUUAACAGUUGAACUGUCUCUAUAGAUUGUAAACCCAAACAUCACUGUAAUAUUGUAAUUUGGAUUGACCCACACUACCCUCUUUGCCAUUUGUAAUCAAAAUGCAAUGCGGUCAAAGACAUAUUCUGGAAAUAUCAAAUUGUUCAACUCAAUAAAGCAGCGAAUAUGAAAUGCUCUAAUACCCAACAUAAAAA